AUUCUCGAAUUUUCUGCGGGACAGUAACCUACAGAUUCUUUGAGGCGUUUUGCCGACUGAAAAUUCACGUGUUUUCUAGAAAAUCGUACAUACUUCAUUAUACGCUGUAUCAAUUUGUAACCAGAAAGAGCAAAAAUGUCGGUCGUUGGGGUAGACGUUGGAAGCCUCACUUGCUUUAUUGGGGUAGCUAGAACUGGUGGAAUAGAAACCAUCGCUAACGAGUACAGCGAUCGGUGCACACCAGCAUAUGUGUCUAUGAGCGAGAAGACAAGAGCCAUUGGAGUAUCUGCUAAAAAUCAGUGCAUCACAAAUUUGAAAAAUACAUUCUCGUGUUUCAAGAGAUUUAUCGGAAGGCAAUUCGAUGAUCCUCUUGUGCAGAAAGAGCUCACAGAUUAUCCCAAACCCUACACAGUUGCACCAAGUCCUUCAGGAGGCAUUCUGCUGCAGGCAAGGUACAUGGGAGAAGUGCACUCGUUUACACCGGAACAGAUUACAGCUAUGUUGCUGACAAAGAUCAAAGAGACGGCAGAAAACAACCUGAAGACUAAAGUAGUUGAUGUGGUGGUGUCUGUGCCCACCUUUUUCACAGAUGUGGAGCGGAGAGCUAUGAUGGAUUCCUGUCUGAUCGGUGGAUUAAAUUGUCUCAAACUCAUGAAUGAUUCCACUGCGGUAUCGUUGGCAUAUGGUAUCUACAAACAAGAUCUGCCAGCAGAGAAUGAGAAGCCCAGGAAUGUGAUCUUUGUGGACAUAGGCUACUCCACCACGCAGGUGGCAGCCGUUGCAUUCAAUAAAGGCAAACUCAAGAUGUUGGCUGUGGAAUCGGAUCCAUGUUUAGGAGGAAGAGACUUUGACAAAGUGCUUGUUGACUAUUUUGUUGAUGAUUUCAAAACACGUUACAAACUUGAUGUGCGUAGUAAUUUGAAAGCUUACAUGAGAUUGACACAAGAAUGUGAAAAACUGAAAAAGCUAAUGAGUGCAAAUUCCACCAAUAUUCCUCUGAAUAUUGAGUGCUUUAUGAAUGAUAAGGAUGUGACAGGAAAGAUGGAUAGGGCAAAGUUUGAAGAGUUGUCUGAAGGGUUGAUAGAGAAAGCAAGGACAUUGUUCACAAAAAUGAAAAAUGAAUGCAAAGACGUGUAUUCUGUUGAAAUUGUGGGAGGUUCAUCUCGUAUCCCAUCUCUGAAGAAUAUGGUUACGGAAAUAUUUGGCAAGGAACCAAGCACAACUCUGAAUGCUGAUGAAGCCGUGGCUCGAGGUUGUGCACUUCAAUGUGCCAUCCUGUCUCCAACGUUCCGAGUGAGAGACUUCUCCAUUGUGGAUACUCAGCCUUACCCCAUCACUCUGUGCUGGCAAGGCGGUGUGGAAAAUGAUUCGUCCUUGGAGGUGUUCCCAAGGUUUCAUCAAAUUCCUUUCUCCAAGAUGUUGACAUUUUAUCGUAAAGAACCAUUCCAGUUAGAAGCCAGAUACACAUCACCGGAGAUUGUGCCUCACAAAGAGAGCCUUAUAGGAUGCUUCAAUAUCCAGAAGGUCACUCCAGCUGCCAAUGGGGAAAGUGCCAAAGUAAAAGUGAAAGUACGGGUCAAUAGCCACGGCAUUUUCUCUGUGAUGUCAGCCACACAAACAGAACAGCUAGAAGAUGAUGGGAAGGAGGAAGAAAACAUGGAUGUUGACACAGAGAAAAAAGCUGAUGCCACACCUACUGCAGAAGCCCAGGUGAAUGGAGAGACACCCAUGCAGACAGAUCAAACAGGGGAAAACAAAACGGGAGAGAAAAGUGAAGGAGGUGAAGAUGCAAAGAAAGAGGAGGGCAAAGAUGAUAAAGAUGCAAAAAAAGCAACAAAGAAAAAAGUUAAGAAAACUGAACUUCCUGUUGAAGAACUUGUCCCACAACUUCCUCCGGAGGAAAUUCUCCGACUUGUGGAAAAAGAGGGAGAGAUGAUGAUGCAGGACAAGCUGGAGAAGGAGAGAUGUGAUGCCAAGAACGCGGUGGAGGAGUAUGUCUACGAGAUGAGAGACAAGAUUGCCAACGUUCUGGCUCAGUUCAUCAAGGAAGAGGAUGCAGAGAAGUUUGGGAGUCUACUAACACAGACCGAGGACUGGCUCUAUGACGAGGGAGACGACCAGCUGAAGCAGGUCUAUAUAGACAAGCUAAAGGAACUUAAGAAUGUUACAUACUUUGUGUACUUGUUGUAUGGUUUUGAGAAACCAGCUGCUUCAGCAUUUGAAGGAAAUCUCAAAAUGGACUACGAAAAUGAAGGACUUCUUCAUGAAAUGUUGAUACGGCAAGCGGAGGCCACUCCAGACAAAAUCGCUAUCGUUGAACCUGGAGGGAAACAGUUAACUUUCCGAGACUUACAUGGAGAUUCUGACGUACUGGCAAAAACCUUGAAAAGAAUCGGUGUCCAAUCAGAUUCAUGCGUGGGAAUUUACCUUGACAAAAGCAUUGAGUUCUCUGUAACUUACAUUGCUAUAUUAAAAGCAGGCGGAGCAUACUUGCCCCUUGAUGUGAGCUAUCCGGCCUCAUUGAUGGAGUCCGUGCUUACGGAUGCAGAGCCUGUAGCUGUAGUUACUUCCCCUGAUCUUGCACACAGCAUUGAAGGAGUAAAGAAUAUCAUUCUGUUGGAUGAUGGUUGGCAGAAGAGGCAGCAGGAAGAAAAUAAGGACUUUAAAGAUGCUCCUUUAGAGAUGACCUUGGACAAUCUAGCUUAUGUUGUGUAUUCCUCAGGAACAACGGGACGUCCUAAAGGUAUAAUGUGUCCCCACAGAGGGUCCGUGUUCUCGUAUCAUCACAGACAUGUGACUUUUCCCUAUCAAAUGGAGGACAGGGAGGCCUGCAACAUCUUCUUCACCUGGGAAAUGUUGAGGCCCCUACUGAAAGGGAUUCCGAUGUACGUUAUUCCUAACACAGUGAUCUAUGACCCGCCCCUCCUGUGUCAGUUCAUCAAGGACCACGCCAUCACCCGCAUGCUGUUCACCCCCUCUCUCCUAGAGGCCAUACUCAACUCGCCCGGCCUCCAACUCACAGACAUGUUUAAGUCAUUCAAACAGAUUUGGUUUUGUGGAGAAGUUGUUACCACAGCUUUGAUGCAGAGAUGUAUCAAUCUGUUGCCAUGGAUCCGGUUCAUCAAUCUUUACAGUAUAUCAGAGUGUCAUGAUGUAGCUUGUGAAGAUCUGUCCCAGUACUUCACAGAUCACAAGGAUGCUUUGGAAAAGAGGAAAUUUUGCCCUGCUGGUCGGAUCCUUCCUGGAGUUUCUAUUGUCAUCAUGGAUGAGGAGGGAAAACCCCAACCAGUGGGAUCAUCAGGGGAGAUAUAUGUUGGGGGGCCCACUUUGGCACGGGGUUAUCUGAAGAGACCUGAGAUGACGGCUGCAAGGUUUAUCCAGAGGCCGGAGAGUGUGCCAGCAUCCUGUGGGGACAGGCUAUACAGGACAGGGGACUGGGGGUACAUGUUGUCAGACGGGAGACUGGAAAUAUGUGGAAGAUGUGACUCUAUGGUCAAAAUCAGAGGAUACUCUAUAGAAGUACAGGCGGUUGAAGCAGCCUUGAUGGAACUUCCCAUGAUUAAUGCUGCUCUGGUGCUAGUGAAGGGAGCGGAAGGGGAGGACAAAUUUCUGGUGUCCUACAUUGUCCCUAAAGGUCAAACCACCAAGAAAGAGGUCAGGACGGCUCUGAAACAGAGGCUGCCAUUCUACAUGAUCCCCUCCUACUUUAUCUUCCUGUCCAGCAUUCCCAUUGUUCAGGCCACAGGAAAACUUGACAAGAAUGCAUUACCUCCCUUUGAGAAGGAGUCAGAGGGAGAUGCUGAUAGUGGACUGCUACCGUCAACAGAGACCGAGAAAUCAGUGGCAGCCAUGUGGACCAAAGUUCUGAAGAUCAGACAUGUGGACACUGAGGAAAGCUUCUUUGAUUUAGGGGGGCAUUCACUCCUUGCCACAGAGCUACUGAAUCACAUCAGAGAGAAAUUUGACAUUGACAUUGCCGUGAAGGACCUGUUUCUGUUUCCCACAAUUUCAUCCAUCAGUAAACUAAUCGACUCAAAACUAAACAAAUCUGAGGACGUUAACUCACCUCAGAUUCAAGAUGUUAACCUGGAGAAUGAAGUUCAAGUUCACAGCCAAGUAAAAGUCAACAUUGAUAUGCAGUUGAGAGCCUUUUGGAGAAUAUCUAAUCUAGAUAAUAAAAGUCGAUUCAGGAAAGCUCGAGUGCUGUUGACAGGAGCCACUGGCUUUCUGGGAGCUUUCCUUCUGAAAGAACUUCUUCUGCAGACAAAGUGUUCAGUCACCUGUCUAGUUCGGGAGGUGCCUGGACUAUCUGGACAACAGAGACUGGAGAACACAUUGAAACAGUUUGGAAUUCUGGCCUCCAUUGCUUCUCCAACUAAAGAGCAAACAGCUCUUGCUAAGUUAUUCCAGAGCAAUGUCCAUGUUGUUCAGGGUGAAGUAGCUCUAGUGAACCUUGGUAUGAAUGACGAUGACUUCAACUACCUGUGUACAGACACAGACUUUAUCAUCCACGCAGCAGCCGCCGUUAAUCUGGUCUAUCCCUACAGUGCUUUACAUGGAGCCAAUGUGAGAGGAACUGCUAAUGUUGUCCAGUUUGCUUGUACAGGAAAGAUUAAACCUAUCCAUUAUAUUAGCACUGAUGCUGUAUUUCCCAAUGGAAUGCAGAACUGUGAGGAAGAAGCUGACAUAUCAGACCUAAAUGACAAACUGACAGAUGGAUACUCACAGUCCAAAUGGGUAGCAGAGCAGAUCAUCACCAGUGCCAGAAAAAGGGGAAUCCCAGCAGCCAUAUACAGGCUAGGUAACAUGAGUGGAGACAGAGUCAGUGCUCACUGGAACCCCCAGGACUUCACUUUGAUGAUCCUGCAGGCUUGUGUAGGACUAGGACUUGCUCCUAUUGUAGACUGGGAAAUGGAGAUGACACCAGUAGACUUUGCUGCAGAGUUUAUUGUCAGAAUGACUUACAAUCUAUCUCUGUCUCUGGGGAAAACUUUCCAUGUUGUUAAUGACAAACCAUUGCAGUCAAGAUGGGUGUUUGAGUGGAUGAAUGCCCAUGGCUAUCCUAUUCAACUUAUCAGCUUUAAAGACUGGAAAGAAAGGGUACUGAAAGAAGAUGCUAUCACGGGUAAAGUACAUAAAAAUCUGCAGAGAAUAGUGGAAUCUUAUGCAAGUGAAUCAGACUUUUUCUCCAAACUGAGUACCUACAAAACAGACAACUUCCAGAGAGCCCUAAAAUCCCUACAGAUGGAGUUUCCCUACACUGACAGCGCCAUGCUUAGUCAUUUUUUCCUGCAGCUAACUCGACAGAAAAUAAUUACACCAUUGGCAUCCAAAACCACAGUGAGAGGCAAGAGACUAAGUGGUAAAGUAGCUAUAGUCACGGGAGCAUCCAGUGGUAUAGGCGAGGCAAUAGCCAAAGGACUGGCAUCAGAGGGAGCAAAGGUAGCGCUAGCAGCUCGACGAAUAGAGCGCCUGGAGGAUCUCAAGAAACAGAUCGAGGGAGAGGGGGGCAUCGCUGUUUGCAUUCAAACCGAUGUGACGAAAAGAGAGGAGGUCAAAGAAUUAGUUAGACACACCGAGUCUGUAUUGGGACCAAUUGACAUACUGGUUAACAAUGCAGGAGUCAUGUACUACACCAUGAUGAAAAACUUGAAAGAAGACCAGUGGGAGAGACAAAUUGAUCUUAACUGCAAGGGAAUAACAAACUGCAUUGGUGGUGUGUUGGAUGGAAUGCUGAAGAGGAAUUCAGGCCAUAUAGUAAAUCUCUCCUCUGAUGCUGGAAGAAAGGGGUUUCCUGGUCUUGCUGUGUAUUCAGGUACUAAGUUUUAUGUAGAAGGACUCUCUCAGGCAUUGCGACAGGAAGUGAGCGGUGAAGGAAUCAGAGUCACUUGUAUCCAGCCAGGAGAUGUAAAGACAGAACUGUUGUCUCACACCACCGAUACAGAGGCAAAAGCAGUUUAUGAUGGAAGCAGUAACUGCAAGAUCUUGGAGCCUUCAGACAUUGCCAAUGCUGUGAUUUAUGCUACCACACAACCUGAUUACGUAGGAGUAAAUGAAAUCCUUAUAGAGCCCCGAGAAGCACCUGUUUAAAACUCUGGCAAAAAAAACUCUGGCAAAAAAAUUCCUCCAAAGUCUUUCAUCUUUUGAAAACCAGGACAUUACCAGGAACGUAUCAUUUAUCAUACCCCAGUAAAUGAGUGUGAUGUUUUUCAGGGAAGCAUCUUUUUGUUAAUGAUUGUCAAGCACAUCUUAUACAUUUCUGAGAAACCAUAAACCAUAUUCAUAUACAUCCUGCAAUAUACAGUUACUGUAAGUUAUGCACUUUUGUUUGUUGUUCAUGACUUCAUAAAUACAUUUCAUUUUGAAAAAUC